UAGAACAAAUGAUGAAUGAAGAAAUAGGUUUUGCAGAAUAACAAAACAUUCUUUUAAGGCUAUUUUUUGAUGAAUAUAUGAGACUUGAUAAAAAAUUAGCAAACCCAGCCAGCCUUGUAAGCAUAUUAUUCUUUUAAUACUGUUCUACUCUUUAUUUGACACUAAUCAACCCUUACUCGAAUGCAAGGAUUUAAAUCACACAAACACUUUGGAUUCCAUUACAUCUAUUAUAUGUAAUGCUUUUUUGGUCGGCUUUUAAAUCUAUGUUUACUGAUCCUGGGAGAGUAUUUUUCAUAUUAAUUUCAGGUUCCCAAGAAUUAUGGUAUGUUGUUUGGGGAUUAAGAAAUUAAAAAAAGAAGAUAUUGUCUAAUGUGUCGCCAAUUUAAGCCUGAACGUUGUUGUCAUUGCUCUUGGUAAAUAAAAAUAUUAUUUUCUUAGGUGUCAAAGAUGCGUUUUAAAUAUGGAUGUUCAUAGUUUUUGGUAUGGAAAUUGCAUAGGGUUUUUUAAUUCCAAAUUUGAUUUGUUGGGAUAAUUCUACUUUAGUUUGUCUUCAAUCUUAAGCCUAAUAAUAGUAAGUUUACAAGCAAUUGAUAUACUUUUUAAAGAUUAAGAACCGCAAUUUCAAAGCAAAAGCAUUAUACCUACUCUCAUAUUGUAAUAAAUUCAUAGAUCAUAGAGCAUUUUUUUUGUUUGUUGCUAGUAUUAUAACCUCAAUAUAAUUUAUAAUAAAAAUUUAAUUAGUGAUCACUAAUACAACUGUUAUCAAUUUAGAUUAAUAAAACCCAAUAAAUGUUUAUGAUAUUAGGUAUAGUAUUAUAUUAUCUUUUAUUGUUAAGGAGAAUUGGUUUUAAGUUAUGGGUACUAAUCCUUGGUUAUGGCCAUUUCCAAUAUAUGGAGAAAGUGGAAGACCAAAAGGAGAUGGACUUACAUGGUAGCGCAUUCAAAAUUGAUAAAACUUAAUA